AUGCCGCCGCCAAAGCCCCCCGGUGCCACCAAGGUCGCCGCCCGCCCGCUGCCGCCUCUUCCCAAGCUGCGUGUCAGAAACCCGAACAAGACCGAGGGCAACCCGUGCGUUGGUAUAAUGACGUCCGUUCUGGGUUGCUGGGCAUCUCAAGGAUACAAUGUUGGCGGCUGUGCGGCCGUUGAGCAGCAACUGAGGGCCUGCAUGGAUGCGCCGAGACCCAAGGCUCAGAAGAAGAACGCCAUCAACUACCAUUUGUCGCGUAUGUACCCCAAGAUCGUCGGUCCGCACAAGCGGAAGUAA